AUGGAUCCUAUCAAGUACAUCUUUGAGAAGCUUGCCUUCACAGGGAAGAUCUCCUGUUGCCAGAUGUUGCUAUCUAAAUUUGAUAUCGCAUUUAUGAUGAGAAAGGCCAUCAAGGGCCAGGCCAUAGCUGAUUACCUAGCAGACCAGCCAUUGAAUGAUCUAGAAUUUUUAGAAUCCCUCUUUCUAGAUGAGGAUGUUUUGGCAAAAGAGCUAGAACCAAGCAAUGUAGAACCAUGGCGUUGGAAACUUUACUUCGAUGAAGUUGCCAAUAGCAUUGGAAAUGGAGUAGGAGCAGUUUUAUUAUCCCCAAAGGGCCAACAAAUCCCUGUUUCAGUCAAGCUAAAUUUCGAUUGCACCAAUAACGUCACAGAGUACGAGAAAUGUCUCAGCCAUUUAAACCUAAAGUUCCAGAACAUUACCUUUGCUUAUUUGCCCCGAGCACACAACCAGUUCGCGGAUGCUUUAGCAACCCUGGCUAGCAUGGUUAAGUUGGCUGAAGGAGAUAAUAUGCGACAAUUGCGCAUAAAGGUUUGCGGCGUGCUGGCCUACUACAUGAAUAUCGAAGAAUGUAUGAAUAUCAGAGCUAAAGUCGAUGGAAAGCCAUGGUACCAUGAUACCAAGGCUUAUAUCAAGAAUAGAGAAUACCCAUCUGGAGCCACAGACAGUGAAAUGAAGUUUAUUAGGUGCAUGGCGUGCCAAUUCUUCUUGAGUGGGGAAAUCCUAUACAAAAGGAACCUCGACACAACUUUGCUUCGAUGCAUAGGUGCCCCGGAGGCUAACCAUUUGAUGAAAGAGAUGCAUGAAGGCUUGCUUAGAGCCCAUGCUAAUGGACCCUUGUUGUAG